AUGUCCAUCGAUGAGCCUGGUGCCAUCGACGGUCUAUACGACGUGAUUUUCGAGCGGAUUGAGCAAGAGUCCCAACCAGUCAUCGUUGAAAUGCUCGGUAUACUGCUUUCUGCACGCGAGCCGCUUACUAGCGACGACUUGGACGAUCUUAUCAAGCAUACCAAAGGACGAGGGAGUGCCAAUGCGCUGGUACGAGUUCUAGGAAGUGUACUCAAGGAGGACCCAAUCGCGCACUUGGUCCAGUUUCGCCAUCCCACCUUUGUCGAAUACCUUCGGCGAUGUUGCAUCACCGGAAAUAAAGAAAGCGGCAAUGGAAUAGCUAUUGAUACUGCCCGUGCACAUGGCCAAGCAGCAUCAUGGUGUCUUCACACUCUCAAAUCGCGCAAGGAGGGGCUCAAGUUUAAUAUUUGCCAAAUCGAGUCAUCCUUCUAUCUGAAUAGGCAGAUUACAGACCUUGACGCCCGGGUGGCGAAAUUCAUUUCGCGGAGGCUUCGCUAUGCUAGUUUGCAUUGGUCGUUCCAUGUGGCCGCAAUGGACAGUGACUGGGUACGCAAGCUAAGGAAUGAGCUGGCGCAUAUAGUCAAGAGUCCAUUCGCUCUCUAUUGGAUGGAGAUCUUGAGCGUGACUGGAGGAGUGAUGCAGGCAGUAUCUGGACUGCGAGCUGCGUGGCAACAUAAGAGUCUCGAGGAAGAGGUUAGAGACCGGAUGAAUGACAUCAGACGGUUCUUGAUGGCAUUUGCUGUGCCAAUCCAAGACAGCGCGCCGCAUAUCUACAUCACAGCGCUCCCAUUCACUCCACUGAAGUCGUUACUACGUACGGAGGGUUUAAACGAGCACAUGAACUCAUUAAUAGUGACCAGAGGGGUUGAAGAAACAUUUCCUGGGCUUCCCAGAACGCUGUUAGGUCAUCAGAAUGGUGUCACAGCGGUUGCAUUCUCUCCAGAUGGCAUGAGAAUCGUGUCUGGCUCUGGGGACAAGACAAUUCAACAGUGGGACGCAGAGACUGGCCAGCCAAUGGGAGAGCCCCUCCGAGGUCAUGAAUCCUCAGUCAACGCUGUCGCAUUCUCACCAGAUGGCACGCGAAUCAUCUCUGGCUCUGACGACAAGACAAUUCGACAGUGGGAUGCAGAGACUGGCCAGCCAGUGGGAGAGCCCCUCCGAGGUCAUGAAGGCUCAGUCAACGCUGUCGCAUUCUCACCAGAUGGCACGCGAAUCGUCUCUGGCUCUGACGAUAAGACAAUUCGACAGUGGGAUGCAGAGACUGGCCAGCCAGUGGGAGAGCCCCUCCGAGGUCAUGAAGACUCAGUCAGCGCUGUUGCAUGCUCUCCAGAUGGCACGCGAAUCGUCUCUGGCUCUUGGGACAAGACAAUUCAACAGUGGGACGCAGAGACUGGCCAGCCAAUGGGAGAGCCCCUCCGAGGUCAUGAAUCCUCAGUCAACGCUGUCGCAUUCUCACCAGAUGGCACGCGAAUCGUCUCUGGCUCUUGGGACAGGACAAUUCGACAGUGGGAUGCAGAGACUGGCCAGCCAGUGGGAGAGCCCCUCCGAGGUCAUGAAUCCUCAGUCAACGCUGUUGCGUGCUCUCCAGAUGGCACGCGAAUCGUUUCUGGCUCUUGGGACAAGACAAUUCAACAGUGGGAUGCAGAGACUGGCCAGCCAAUAGGAGAGCCCCUCCGAGGUCAUGAAGGCUCAGUCAAUGCUCUCGCAUUCUCACCAGAUGGCACACAAGUUGUCUCUGGCUCCAUUGGUAGGACAAUUCAAAUCUCGAGCUUGGACAACGUAUAG